AUGCCGACGACGCUUACUACACCUAUACGUCAUCGAGGCGUUACAGACAGUCGACAUUCAACAAAGACUGACAGACGCGGUCUCAGCGCUAUUGUCUUUGGCACUCGUCAUCACUGCUAUCUUCAGAUUCUAGUCAUUCCUUUUUCUGUCGUUCCUCUUGCCAUUAUUGAUUUUCCUGGACCAGUGUUUUUUGUAUUCCUCAUUGUUUUCAUAUCAAUCGUGUUUCUCUUCGAUUCCUCUCUAUACAAUGACCAGAUUUACAACGAUCUCAUCAUCUUCGUGUACAGGAGCCAUGUUUCAGCUCAUUUUCAGAUCUCUUUAGCUGUUUCUGGUGCUCAAAAUUUAUACCAUAAAUAUUAUUACAAAAAGUGCCACUACAAUAUAAGGCGGUUCUCGGUACCUCUCCAGUUGAAAUGGUGA